CUUUGCUUUUGAUUUAAGCCAAAUGGUGAUAUAAAGCAAGAAUUUAAAAAAGAUUUGAGAAGAAAUAGAAAUUGAAGAAGACUGCUUUAAACUGUUCGUUGAUUCAAAAACCCUUCUUCGUAACUACCCCGCUGUCCUCAAUCUGCCAACGGUUGUCCAACCGUUUGCUGAUUAUUAAUCUCCAAAACCCAUAUAUGAUUUGAUUUUCCAAUCUUGUUUGUUCAUUUCAAAGAAAAAACUUCAGAGAAUUCAAAAUGAGAGAGAAAGAGAGAGACCCAAUUAGUGUUUCUUGGAUUUUAUGAGGAUUUGGUAACCAGAACAGGGGUUGAGCGACAAGUUCAGAUUAUCUUAAGUUGUGGGUUGUGUAAUUGCAGAGAUUUGAGGUUGUGUUUGUGAUGGGUUUGUAGUAAUUUUGUUGGGAGAGAUCAAGGUAUGGAGCCUCCAAGGGGGUUUUUGGCUUCUUUAUGGAGUUUUAUCUGUUUCUUGCCUUACUUCAUUGGCCUUCUUAUUCUGGGAUUCAUUAAAGGUAUCAUUUUCUGCCCGCCGAUAUGCCUUAUUAUGACAAUUGGAAACUCUGCACUAAUUUUGGGUCUCUGGCCUGUUCACUUUUUGUGGACAAAUUAUUGCAUUGUAAGAUCUAAGCAGUUUGGGCCAGUUUUGAAGUUUGUUCUGUGUUUAUUCAUUUCUGUUUUAUUGAUUUUGUGGCCAUCCAUUGGCAUUGUUGGAAGUAUUAUUGGUGGCGCUGCAUAUGGCUUUCUUGCACCGAUGUUUGCCACUUUUAAAGCUGUCGAUGAAGGGAAGACUGAUAAAUUUUACCACUGUAUUUAUGAUGGAACUUCUGACACUGUCAAACAGAGCUUUACUUUUGUGAGGGACUUUAUGGAUAUAUGUUACCAUUCUUACUUCUCAGUUACGGAUGACCUACGGAGUCAGGGGCAUCAAGAUGGAAAAUAUUUUGAGAUUAGAUUGCUCUAUCUUCCUGGUGCUAUUCUAGCUGGGGUCCUUGGUUUCUUGGUUGACUUGCCAGUGAUCUCACUUGUAGCCCUAUGCAAAAGCCCUUAUAUGCUCUUUAAGGGGUGGCACCGUUUGUUUCAGGACUGUAUUGGUCGGGAAGGACCUUUCUUGGACACCAUUUGUGUACCGUUUGCAGGUCUGGCCAUCUUACUCUGGCCCUUGGCUGUUGUUGGAGCAGUAUUAGGCUCCAUUGCUUCAAGCAUCUUCUUAGGUGCUUAUGCAGCAGUAGUUGUUUAUCAGGAGUCCUCUCUGUGGUUUGGGCUUCGCUAUAUUGUUGCUUCCUUGUCUGUAUAUGAUGAAUACAGCAACGAUGUUCUCGACAUGCCAGAAGGGUCCUGCUUUCCUAGGCCAGAGUACCGAAAGAAUUCUGUGCAGUCAGAAACUGCCUCUCGUGCAACUUCUUUCUCAAGGCCCAACUCUUUCCGAAAUCCUCCUGCUCGUACAGAGUCAAUAAAGGCUCCUAUGGUGGAGUUGAAGUCACUUGAGUUAUUUGAGAGUUUAUUUAAAGAGUGUAGACGACACGGAGAAAUGAUGGUUUCUGAAGGACUAAUAACACUUCAAGACAUUGAACAUGCCAAGUCUGAUAAAGAUAGUGGCAGAGUCAUAAGCAUUGGAUUACCGGCUUAUUCCCUUCUCCAGACACUAUUACGAUCAGCAAAAGCUAACUCUGCUGGUUUAUUGUUAAAUGACAAUGUUUCUGAGAUAACUAGCACAAACAGACCUAAAGAUGCCUUCUUCGAUUGGUUUCUUAAUCCGCUUCUGAUCAUCAAAGACCAAAUCAAAGCUGAGAACCUCUCUGAGGAUGAAGAGGACUACUUAGGUAAAUUGGUUCUGCUGUGUGGAGAUCCUGAGAGGAUGAAAAACUCAAAUAUUGGCUCGGCACCUGAAUCUGAGCGUAAGAAAGCCGAACUUGAUGCACUUGCUCGAAGGCUUCGAGGAAUUACCAAAUCUAUGUCUAGGUAUCCGACAUUCAGGCGUCGUUUUGAUGAUAGCAUUAAGAGCAUUUCUGAAUAUCUUGCCAAGAAAAAUGGUGGCAGCAAUUCGAAUAAUGGGCAGCGAACUUUUCAGAGGUCUACAAGUGCCUUAUCCCGUAUAAUUAGCCAGAAAUCGUUUAAUAAAAGCAGAACAGGCAACACUGGAUCUAAUCAAGUGUCCCAAACAGUUAUCGAAAGAGAUGUGGAAAUUGUUUGACGUGAGAUAUGCUACAUUGGGAACACAAUGUUCCAAAUUGUUUUACCUAUGUAUCAAUUAUAAUCUUCUGUAUCACUACUUAUUAAUUCUUAUGUCAUGUUUGUGGAUAUUACAAUCCUUCACUUGAGUGUUUUUCAUUUAGAUGAAGGAAAAACACACUUUCAUUGGAAAA